AUGGAGCGGGAGUACGAAUUCUUCGUGACGACGGACGAAUCUCACCAACCAGAUGGCGCUUCUAGGGGACUUAUUCGCCGCCUUGUUAUGCGUCAUUUCUUUGAGGCUAAGUCAUCUACCCCGGCAAAUAACUCAUCGGAGUACAACUCAGCGUCAACGGUCCAGGCGAAGACUCAACUGCAGUCUAGGUUCAGGUUAUCGAAAGCAGGACAAACGCCAACGGGAUCCGGUUCAAAUGCAAAGGGUAAGAAUUCUGAGCACAAGAAGAAUAAAGUUGUAGGUGAAAAUAAAGAUAAACGCCUAAAAUCGACAAGGAAGCUCUCUGGCACACCUGACAUGACCGAAGCGUCUGACCAAUCGGUGAGGAGCCGUACAGGCAGCCGGAAAGCAUCACCUAAGGAGAAUGGAAGAGGAGAGGUCUCUAAAGAAAAGCCCCGAUUACUGUUGAAAGCCAAUCCUAAUUCAAAUCGGUUCGAUCCGUUCGAUGUUCUACCAGUUCCGGGAACUGCCCACCUUGAUAUGCUCUUCAAAUUGUAUAAGAGCGGAUCUCGUGCAAAUGCUAUCGCUAUUAACGCCCGCAACACUUGGUGGCCUUUUAUAUCGAAUGACGCGGGGUUGCUUCAUGCUACUUUAGCAACCUGGGCCGUGUACGGCAUUUUGGUACGAGGGAUGAGUGAUCUAGCUGUUGACAAAUUGAGGCACAAGAAUGAAGCUAUUAAACACAUCAAUUCAAAGAUUGACUGCCCAAGGGGUCGAAUGUCUGAUGAAUUGGUUGGCACUGUCCUAACUCUUGCGAGCUUUGAGAAUCUUCUAGGUGCCUAUGAAGCAGCUCAAUUGCACAUUCAGGCACUAAAACGCAUUGUUAAUGCUAGGGGUGGUCUGUUUGCCUUCGGGCAUAACGACGGUCUUGUGAGAGGCAUUAUAUGGGUCGACUUUCACUCCGCAACCGCGUUCCACCACGCGCCAUCCUUCCCUCUGAUCCGCCUCCAUCCCGACACACCGGCACUGCCAGAUGGAUUGCUUGAAGAAGCUGCGUUCACAUCGCCAACCUCGCUUCUUCAGCUCUCAGUGGCAUCUAUUGACUGCUUCAACAUUUUCUACCGCUUGCAUCGCCUCGCACUAGCAGCUACCGAUCAUUGGCUACCGAAGGUCCAUCGGAUUACGCUAAGCAACCUUCUUUACGAAACCGAAUACACCAUACUUUCGGUGCCUGAUUACUCGCGAGACUUCCUUGACUUUGAUCUCGAGCCGGAAGUGGAGGUGAUGGAAGACUAUGAGAAAAGGGCGGCGACGGCGAAUGGUGCGAGUGUCGUGGAGGCUGUUCUGGCCACUGUUCAGAUCUUCAUCUACGCCUCGCUUCGCGAAAUCCCUCCCAAAGCGAAGAUAUUUAGCAUACUUCUAGAAAGGGUGCGUGUAGCUAUAGAUCGACCCAAUAUUUCGAUGCUAGAGGUCUGGAGGAAGGAGAAGAACCUCAAUAUCCUUGUAUGGGUAGUGGUUGUUGCCACCACCCUGGCACCUACGUGGGGAGGACGGAGGUGGUGGAUUGGAAGGGUAGGUGAAGUAGUAGAAGAGCUUGGUAUUCAUGGGGAGCAGGAACUCCAAAGAUCAGUACAACGGGUCGCCUGGACGGACAUCUUCUUUGGCAACGUGCUUAGGAGCAUAUGGGAAGAAGUGACGGAGUACCUGGGCGACGUUGGGAGAGUUAAUACAAAUCUGGCGAGAGAUAGAGAACCAAGUGAGUUUGCAAGCCUGCAACCUACAUUACCAGAGGGGACGCCAUCGUCGCUUCCAGUGGAGUAUGUGAGGGGAAGAUGGAAAGUAGAUGGAUGGUACAUUUGA